GAAAUUUUCUUGGCAAUUUCCUCAUCUCCUCAACAUUUUCCUAGAUCUAAACAUACCCUAAGUGUUUCCCAUUGGGAAAGUUGGUCCAUCUUUUAGCUUAUUAUCAUGGGUUUUAUGACGAACCCUUGGGCAUUUCUUCGGGUACUUGGACAUCACAAGUUACAGGUUUAUUCUGCUGUCAGCUGGAUAUGAGCCUUUAAACGACGUAAUCCAACUGUGUGCUCAAGAAUCAUCUUCAUGUUCAGAACAAACACCAUGCAACAAUGAUGAUGGAGUUUUUCUUUUCAGUGGCCGGUUUCUUUCUUUACCAGGUUCUAUAUCAUACAACUGGUUGUUUCCAAGAUGUGCUGCUGCAAUCCAUCACGGGGGAAGUGGGUCCACUGCUGCUGCACUGCAAGCUGGAAUUCCUCAGGUGAUAUGUCCAUUUAUGCUGGAUCAGUUCUAUUGGGCAGAUAGGAUGUUUUGGCUUGGGGUUGGUGCAGAGCCGCUGAAAAGAGAGCACUUGGUACCGGACACAAAUGAUAGCUGCGGCAGCAGCAUCAAAGAAGGAGCCAAAAUGCUUGCGAAGGCCAUAAACUUUGCUCUCUCUUCUCAAGUUAAAGAACGGGCAUUGCAGCUUGCAAUCACUCUGUCUACUGAGGAGAGAUGACUUCCAAAUUCGACAAGUUGGAGAAAUUCCAAGGAGUUGAUUUCCGUCGCUGGCAAAAGAAGAUGCACUUUCUGUUGACCACACUGAAGGUGGUUUACGUUCUGAGUACGCCUAUGCCAGCGUAUCACGAAGAUGAAACUAUUGAGCAGUCAAGGCGUCGUUCCAAGUGGGAAAACGAUGACUACAUCUGCAGGGGCCAUAUUCUAAACGGUAUGUCUGAUACUUUAUUUGAUAUUUACCAAAACGUGGAGAAUGCGAAGGAAUUGUGGAAUUCACUUGAGUCCAAGUAUAUGGCUGAGGAUGCUUCUAGUAAGAAGUUCCUUGUUAGUGAUUUUUAUCACUAUAAGAUGAUGGACUCAAGGCCUGUUAUGGAACAAUACAAUGAAAUUCUUCGCAUUCUGGGCCAACUCACUCAACAUAAUAUGAAGAUGGAUGAGUGCGUCACAGUAGCGAUGAUAAUUGAAAAAUUACCACCAACAUGGAAGGAUUACAAGCGUGAUCUGAAACAUGGGAAUGAAGAGUUGUCUCUGUUACAACUCGGUAACCACAUACAGAUUGAGGAAUCACUCCGCAUUCAAGAAGGUGACAAAAAUAAGGCAAAGCCUGAUGUUGGACAGCCUAUUGUCCACAUGGUUGAAGUAAACAAAAACAAUCAAAAUCACAAGGGAAAAGGCAUCAAACGCAAGAAUGAUAGCCGAGACAAACCAAAUAAGAAUCCUAAGGAUCUGGUUUGUUGGAGAUGUCAAAAGACGGGUCAUGUUAAGCGUGAUUGUCGAGUGAAUCUCAAUAAGAACAAUGUUGCAAAUAGUGGUGGAGGAAACAAUGGUGGUGGAAACAGUGGGCCUAAGGACUCUACUGCAUCUAGAGGAGGAUGAUGACCGUACAUGGUGGGUUGACUCGGGUGCCACAAGUCAUAUGUGUAAAGAUCGUCGAUGGUUCGAGAAAUUGACACCAGUUGAUGAUGGUUCCACGGUGAUGAUGGGUGAUAAGUCGAGUCAACCAAUUUGUGGCUUUGGAGUUGUUAGUCUUACGUUUACUUCGGGAAAAACAAUAAAGUUGUCUGAUGUUUUAUUUGUUCCUAGGCUUAGUAAGAACCUUGUUAGUGGUGGUUGUUUAAAUUCUGAUGGCUUUAAG